AUGACUUUUUUAGAAGACACGUUAAUUGUAUUAAUAUCUCAAACAAUAUUCUUCAUAGGAGGCUGGAUAUUCUUUGUGAAGCAGCUUUUCCGAGACUAUGAAGUUCAUCACACGCUGGUGCAGCUCAUAUUCUCCGUCACAUUUGCACUGAGUUGCACCAUGUUUGAACUGAUUAUAUUUGAGAUUAUCGGCUAUUUGGAUUCAAGGUCAAGAUAUUUCCACUGGAACCUGGGCCUCUACUCUCUCCUGUUCAUGGUGAUUGCAUUGAUCCCCUUCUACAUUGCAUACUUUUGCAUCAGUAAUAUACAGUUCUUAUCAAGAUCACACAUCAGACCGCUGACCAUGUUCGUGUGGUUUGUGUAUCUUUACUUCUUUUGGAAGAUUGGCGACCCGUUCCCCAUACUGAGUCCGAAACAGGGCAUAUUUUCGAUAGAGCAAGGUGUGUCCCGCAUUGGAGUUAUCGGCGUCACAGUUAUGGCGUUACUAUCAGGUUUUGGUGCAGUCAACUAUCCAUACACAUCUAUGGCUAUAUUCAUAAGGCCAGUCACACAGUCGGACGUGCUGUCGAUCGAGAAGAAACUCCUGCAGACGAUGGACAUGAUACUCGUGAAAAAGAAGAGGAUAGCGCUAGCGGAGUCGAACAGCGUGGGAGCGAGACAGAACUAUAGCAUGAUGGAUCAGGCGUCGGUGAAGAAUCGGGGCUUCUGGACGAACAUACUGUCCAGUGUCGGCAGCAUCGCCAACCCCCUGGGCCACGGGAAUGAGAAUAUAAGUCAGCUCAAACAGGAAAUAUCAGGUCUAGAAGAAUUAAGCAGACAGCUGUUUCUAGAAGCGCACGACGCUCGAACAAUGAGAGAGAAAAUUGAAUGGUCGAAAACGUUUCAAGGGAAAUAUUUCAAUUGCCUGGGCUAUUUCUUUUCUUUGUACUGCGUUUGGAAGAUAUUUAUCUCAACAAUUAAUAUAGUGUUCGACCGCGUAGGCAAGAAGGAUCCAGUCACGCGCGGCUUAGAGCUUGUAGUGCAUUGGCUGGGCUGGAAUAUAGAUCUAGCCUUUUGGUCCCAACACGUCUCCUUUAUAUUGGUCGGCUGUAUUGUGCUUACCAGCAUUCGGGGACUAUUGCUAACUUUGACUAAGUUCUUCUACAAAAUAUCAUCGUCGAAAUCGUCGAAUAUCAUAGUGCUAAUACUCGCCCAGAUAAUGGGCAUGUAUUUCUGUUCGUCCGUGCUCCUCAUGCGCAUGAACAUGCCGCCAGAGUACAGAAUUAUCAUCACUCAAGUGUUGGGCGACCUGCAGUUCAACUUUUAUCAUCGAUGGUUCGACGUCAUAUUCUUAGUUAGUGCUUUGACGAGUAUAUUUACACUGUACCUCGCGCAUAAACAACCGUCUGUUAAUUGAUUGUGUUUGUAUGUUUAGUGAUAAGUGUCGAGCCAAGCUCGUGUUUGGGAUUGAUUGUUUAAAAAUUUUAUUACUUUAAAGGCGAUUAUAAAUGUAUUUUUUCAUUGCGUUGGUAGCACUCGGCCAAUUCGAAGGAUCAUUUUUAAUAGAGAAAUGUAUAUUUUAGCGCAAAAAGACAAACGUGAUAAAUCUGAUAAAAGUAAUUACAAGCCCUGUAAUUAUAUUAAUAUGCUAUCCUUGUAUUCAUAUAUCUCCUGUAACACACCUAUUUGUGAUAAACUAUUCGAAAUAUACUAGAAUAAGUUAUAAUGCUGGAUAUAAUGCACUGGACUAUGACGAAGCCUUUACCUAAACACUUAUUUAGAUUUAAGCAUAAACUUGUAAUUUUGUUAAGACUGAUAAAAUCGGUGUAAAUAGUAAUUAUAAUGUAAAAAAGUAUUAAAAUAUGACACAGGAUAUAAU